AACCUGUCCCGGUUUCCACAACCCUUUCCCUGGGGAACAGUCACCAGAGGCCCCGGGGUGUGUGUGUGGGGAGGGGGUAUCAAGUGGCUCUGAGAACCAGAUCGGAUCAUCACAACACUUGCCCGAAGACCUCUCUACCACAAAGUGUGUGGGGGUCAUGAUGCGGCCGCCACCACAGAGCUCCCUACAAAACACUGGCAGCCUGGGGCAGGAGGGCCGAGGAAAGAGCCAAGUGAAGGGGACUGGAUCAGAGAGGUUGGUGGAUUCAGCCCCUGCCAGUGGGAGAAGGCUGUCUUGCACAGAAGAGGCUACAGUCCCUGGGAAACCAGAUGGAGCUAAUGGACCAGCAAGAACUAUCCCUAUGGCCACAGGGUCCAGCCAAGAUAGCAACCCAGGGAGAUCCUCCCAGGUAAGGCCCCGGGGUCUUGGCAGAGCAGAACAAGGCAAGGUACUGAGCCCCCACGUUCCUGGUUCUGAGGUGGCCUCAGGAAAAAGACCCAAGAGAGUCAGAGUUGCAGCAUCAGGAAGAACUCAACAACUUGUGCCAGUUACAGUCUCCAUGGAGUUUCCAGCCCACGACAAGGCCCAAGCUCAUUCUCUGACCAUGAAGUCUGUGGAUGGGGACGGCGUCCCGGUGGAUCCAGCGAGCAUUUCCAAGACCCCCGGGGGAGACCAGGCACUGCAGCCACUGAGGCCGGGCCAGAGGCAGGACCUAUUCUUUUAUGUGGGGGGCACAAAUGGUGCUACACUGGUGAGUGCCUACUGCCUGAGCCAGGGCUGGCAGCGCCUCCAGGACCCUCAAAGGCAGGACUAUCAGCUGAAAUGGUGCGAGGCCAAGAGCCACCAGGCCUAUUCCAGCUUCAGGGAAGGCAAGCAGCUUAUGUACCAGAUCCCCAACAACAAACACCUGACGACCAAGAUUGGACUCCUGAACAGCCUUAGGGAAUACGGCCGGAUCAUGAGCAGGGUCAGCAGGCUUGCCAUUCACCCCCGCAGGACUCUGAAAAUGGAGGAAUUUUUCCCAGAGACCUUCCGCCUGGACGUGAAGGAUGAGCGAGAAGCCUUCUAUACAUUGUUUGAUGAAACCCAGAUGUGGAUCUGCAAGCCUACCAGUUCCAACCAGGGCAAAGGGAUUUUCCUGCUCCAGCGUCUAGAGGAUGUGGCUUCUCUCCUUAUGGACAUAAAUACCCUUGAGGGAAAAUCCAGCUACAGGAGGCUGUCAUUCCGGGGUUCCCAGCCCCGCAUUGUCCAGAGGUACAUCCAGAACCCACUGCUUGUGGACGGAAGGAAGUUUGACGUCCGCUCAUACCUGCUCAUCGCCUGCGUAGAGCCCUUCGUCGUGCUCUUCAGCCAUGGCUACGUCCGCCUGACCCUCAGCCCCUACGACCCCCUGUCCAAGGACCUGACCAGGCACCUGACCAAUCAGUCCAUGCAGAAGAAACACCCCCUGUACCGGCUGCGGAAAGAGGAGACAGUGUGGAGCAUGGAACGCCUCAACAGCUACAUCAAUGACAAGUUCUGCAAAGACAAGCGACUCCCUUUGAACUGGGUCCUCACUGCCUUUACGAGGCGAAUGCAACAGAUCAUGACCCAGUGUUUCCUGGCCACCAAAUCCAAGCUGGACAGCAAGCUGGGCUAUUUCGACCUCAUCGGCUGCGACUUCCUGAUUGACGAGGACUUCAAGGUGUGGCUCCUGGAGAUGAACGCGAACCCCGCCCUGCACACUCACUGUCGGGUGCUGCGCGACCUCAUCCCCAGCCUUGUCCACGAGACCUUGGACCUGGCCCUGGAGACUUUCCACAAAAGCCUGCGGAGGGAGACGGUGUUGCCGCUGGAAAGGCAGCGCCGCUUCGUGCUGCUCUACCUGGGGUCUUCGACCCCGCGACCCGGGCCCGGACCCCCGCCCCCGGUCCCGCCUUCGCGGAGCCGGCGUCGCCCCCCACCCCCUCCGGCCCCGGCCUCCAGUUCCUAUCAGGACGGAACCCGCCCCCCGGGAGGCUCCCCACCCGGACUCCAAACCCAGGCGUCCGGCCUCCAUCCGUCCGACCCCUCCCCCAAAUCCGCCUCGGUCCCUCAGGGGGGCGGCUGCGCGGCCGGAGCCUCUGAAGGACGGGUGACCCCCCGGGACCCAGGACUCCCGGAGUCCCCGCAAGCCAGAUUGGCCCGGGCCACCCUGUCCCCUCCAGCAGGUCCUGCCGCGGCCCGGGACGCCCCCUCCCCAUCCCGGGAGCCCCCACCUCCAGCCAGGACCCUCGAGGAGGACAGAGGGGACCCCGCCUCCAAGGAUUUGUAGCCAGGAGGGGCUGCGUGUUUGGGGUGGGGGGAAGAGUGGGGCCGGGCUCUUAUAUGUGGAUUAAAGCGAUCUGGCCAAAACUCACUCCGGGA